UGACAGAGAUAGACGUCAAGAUAGCCACAGAGUCGAAGCUGCUGUGCGGCUGGGGGGGACCAGGCUACGCUCUGGACGGAUGCGUGGACUCGGGCCUGCUCCGGCCGCCGCAGCCUCAUUCCAGCCAGCUGGGCACCGUCUACGCGACCAAGCGCCGCCGGAGAAAUGGAAAGAGCAUCAAACCACCCUCUAAAGAUGGUGUCACGAAGAGCAACCCAAGCAAACGUCACCGUGAGCGUCUCAACGCUGAGCUGGACACACUCGCGUCUCUGCUGCCCUUCGAACAGAACAUACUUAGCAAGCUCGACAGGCUGUCCAUACUACGGCUCUCUGUCAGCUACCUUAGAACCAAGAGCUACUUCCAAGUGGUCAUGCACAAAGAAAAGGAAGAUAUGCAUGUACACAGACGAGAGCACUCUCCUUACGACCACGCGAUGCCGGACGGCGAGAUGUUUUUACAGGCACUCAAUGGCUUCCUUAUGAUUCUGACGUGUGAAGGAGAGGUGUUCUUCGCCACACAUAGCAUCGAAAGUUACCUAGGCUUCCAUCAGUCAGACAUAGUCCACCAGUCAGUAUACGAGCUGGUCCAUUCUGAAGACCGUGAGGAGCUGCAACGCCAGUUACUCUGGAACUCCUUCCUCCCUCCAGAAGCCAGCAGUCUGACCUUACAGGACGUGCUCCGACCAGACAGGACUCAGCUGUUGGAGAGGAGCUUCACAGUGAGGUUUAGAUGUCUGCUGGACAAUACUUCUGGUUUCUUGAGGCUCGACAUCCGGGGUCGCAUCAAAGUCCUCCACGGCCAGAACAAGAAGACAGAGGAGCCGCCUCUAGCACUAUUCGCAAUUUGCGCCCCCUUCGGACCGCCCAGUCUAUUGGAAAUCCCGCAAAAGGAGGUCAUGUUCAAGAGCAAGCACAAACUGGACCUCUCUCUAGUCUCCAUGGAUCAAAGGGGUAAAAUGCUGCUAGGAUACACAGACGCUGAGUUAGCCAACAUGGGCGGCUACGAUCUGGUGCAUUACGAUGAUCUCGCGUACGUGGCCAGUGCUCAUCAAGAAUUAUUAAAAACUGGUGCUUCCGGCAUGAUCGCAUACCGCUUCCAAACCAAAGACGGCCAGUGGCAGUGGCUGCAAACUUCGUCUCGCCUCGUCUACAAGAACUCCAAGCCUGACUUUGUAAUCAGCACGCAUAGACCUCUCAUGGAGGAAGAGGGGAGAGAUCUUCUAGGGAAAAGAACAAUGGACUUCAAAGUCAGCUAUCUCGACACUGGCCUGACUAGUUUAUACUUCUCCGAAACGGAACAGCUUUCUGGCUGUGAAUCUACCGUCACUACUCCCCCUAGAGCUGCGAGGAGAUACAAAACCCAGUUACGAGAUUUCUUGUCCACUUGUCGUAACAAAAGACGAGUGCCUACAACUCCCGCGCCUCCCCCUGUAGAUUAUUUAGCUGCUGAUGCAGUGGCCGCAGCGUAUACUAACCUUAAUGGAGCAUAUACAGCUCCUUACGGUGAAUAUCCACCAGCUCCGGCGCUUCAUUACGCUCCCCCUCCAUUAGACGAUAGAUUCCUAACCGCUGACAAUCUCUUCCAUCAAUACAAACCGUUGUCUUACCACUACACUCCUUACGCGCCAAACGGCUUUCUAGAACCGGCGCCUCCGCCCGGUUAUGAGGUCACUCCGACAUAUCACAGGCCGCCUUCAAGAGAAUAUACGUAUGUGGAUAGCAGUGGUAGGUACAUGAGUCCUGUGGCGGGACAAGAAAGGAGAUCACCCAGUGUGGUGCCGGGACCUAGUCCAGGAGGUUCGAGUGGAUCUACUGAGCAGGAUCGGAUGCAGCAAAGCGCAGAGAUGCCGAGGCAGACAGUUCUCAUGUGGGGCGCGGGAGGAGCAGCCCAGGAGGUGCCCGUGGAGUACUCCCCUCCUCAGGUUUGGCGCUACCACCCAUCACAAUAUCACACCGCUGAAGCGACUCAGUGACUUUAAAUGUGCAAUCCAACUAGUUUAUGUUUAGUGUUAGUUUAUUUACUUGGACGAUUUUAUUUUAUUUUCCAAUUUUUUACGUCGAUCGUUUCUGGUUCCAAUAACAAAACACAUACAUAUUUACAAUAGUUUAAACAAUACAAUUCAUCACAAAAUUAGAAUUUCCACAGAACUCUAACAAAUUAUCACUUAAAAUAUGAUUGUCAAGUAUCUGUGUGUUCUUAUUAACAUAUCAUUAUAAUAUUUGAACCUAUUUUAACGUAAAGAAAGGCUCAGUAUUUGAUACCUCGCUCAGUGGUAUAGGCGUUCAGUCUAUCUAGGUCUUGUUAAACAGGGUCUUUCCAAUAUCUACGUGUAGAUUACUUGUAUUAUACUAGUAAUACUAGUGUAAUAGUUUAUUAUCAUAGUAUUAUGCUAUAAUUUGUAUUAUAAAUCAAGAUUUAUCCAAAUAAAAUAGUUGAUUUAAUAGAGCAUGUACACUUUUGAUAUUAUUUAUUUAUUUAGAGCCAUCAAAUGUCCCACAUCCUUCCAAUAUUUCUAUAUGAUCCGGUUCUUUUAUUAAAGUUUGCCAAUUUUUGUGAAACCUGUCCUCCUAAUACAAGGGGUCGAUUAUACGAUAGAUGAGGUUCUACAAAAAGUAAACAAUGUUCAAUACAGGGACAUACAUUACAUACAGGAUUAGUUUUCGAUUAUUUUUGAUCGUUUAUUUUAAUGUUGUUAUAAUUGAUUUUUGAGUUUGCGGCACGAAGAGAGAUAUGCUCUCGGCAACAUCAAGCCCAUCAACCACGUUUUUGUUGUCAGUGGCUGCUACCGCUACAUCUGCCAGAGUACUUUCAAGUGGCGUGCUCACAAUAACUACUGCAUUUUGUUCCAUAAAAUGAUGAAAAAAGACACAAACAGCUUACCAACUAUAUUUAGAGCCAGCAUCCAUUACUACGUUGCGUUGAUGCCUGUUACGACUCCAUAGUUUUUACACUUGCGUGCGUUGAUGUGCGCCGCAUCUCUUUACAAUUACGGCAUUUUCUGUCCACGGAUGUCGAAACGGAGCACAGCUGAGCAAUGACGAUGCGCUCUUAAUAGUUUCUUGUUGAAAGUGUACAAGCUCCAUUAUAAAUUUUCACGCCUAGCAAUGUUACACCAUAGUGUUAAUUUGUAAAUAUUUAAUUUUAUCAACAGCUUAAGCUUUAUAAAUCGUUUGUGAGUUAAUAAGCGAAGUCCUGUAAAACAAACUAUUUUAUCCACUGCCACAACUGAUCGAAAAAUCGAUAGUAAAUCGAUGCUUCAAAUUAAACUAUGUGACAAUUACCAAACUUUAUUAUACAGAAGACAAACAUAUCAAUCAGUAUGUAAGCAUGCGUAUUCAUAUCUACAUAGUUAUACAUAUCAAUUUUCAAAAUAUUUGUAAUGCAGAUGCCUUCUCAUAUGUUAUUUUAGCAACACGACGCACAAUUUUGAACAUAUAUUUCACCUUAUUUCUAUAAUUUUAUUGUUGUAAGAAUUCGUUAAAGUAAUGAAUAAUACGCACGUAACUUUCCCAAUCUCCAACUAAAGUUAAUUAAUUAAGUUGAACAUAAAACUUUUGUAUAUGAAUUUUACAAAAAAAAAGUUUAGAAAGUAAACAAGCUCUAGAGCUGUUACUUCUAGUGGCAAAAGGGAAUAUAUACAUUAUAUGGACCCUGGGCUCCGACGCUGACUCUAAGGAAGUAACCAGAGACAUGUUUAGAAUAGAGAGAGUAUAAAAAAGAUACCUGUAACACAAUAGAUCAAAACAAAACGCUUAAAGAGGGAGACUUUAGAGCACCAUUUUAAAACUUGAAGCUUGUUUACUGCAGACAUAUUACCACGAUAGCUUCUAAGUAAUACAUUUAAACAGCAAACAUAAAUAUUUCGUUCCUUUUUUAUUACAAGCUUUUCUUUUGUUUCACCUGUCAACGUUUGUCUGUAUUCAAAUCUUUCAAUUUUAAUUUCACCCACUCCCACUUGUUCUACAGAGUUGAAAUUUCUCACGAGUUUUCGUGACUAUACAUUAUUAUGAUAAGCAUGAUAUCAAGGUUCACCCAAAUCAAGAAACUCCUCAACUUACAGCACAGAAACGUUUUUUUUUGUCACAUUUUGAAUGCAAAAAGAUCGCUCUGAUGACAACAAAAGCUUGUGGCAAAAAUCACAAUUGAUUUUAUUUUUAUUUGUGAAGGCAUCUGUACACGAAUCAGCACUGCCAUGCCAACGUACAUCUUGUAGCACACUGUACAUACACUUUGCGUGCCUUUCCAUUAGAACUUUCUUCACAAGAAUAUUACCUAUAUUAAUAUACUUUCAUUGUGCUACAGUGAUCACCGUUGGCAUCGCUUGAUGGCGUUCGUCUUCUGCCGUCGAUUAGUCUAUAAGUUAGUUUAAAAUAUAUGUUGGACGAAUAAUACUGAGGAAUAUGUAAAAUUUUAAAAAAACAUACUAUUUGCUUUUAAAAACUUAGUCUACCGCCGCCGUUCAAAGCGCAGGAGAAGAAGCGGCGCAACAAACUUCACCGCAGCCUUUUCUUAUGGACGUAAAUUGAACACAUAAAGAUCUAUCAAGUAUAUUAUAAGGUACUUUGAAUAGGCUAUUUCACUAAAGUCAAAUCGGAUCAUUUUUCUUUUUAACAGUCAACAGGAGCGAAUUACUCAAAUUCAUAACAAAUUCGUCACUAUUACCAACGCAUAUAAAUUCAAAGAUUCGUGAAGGGAUUCGUAGAGGCUUUAUCGACUGUACUUGCUAUGGCACUAACGUUGGAGUGAUUUCACUAUUCCAAAAGAUAAAAAGCAUUUUAUAUUUUAGAUUAAUCGUAUUAGUUCUUCAAAUUGAAUCAUUGAUACUCUCGAUUCGCUCAGACUUUCAAAUAAUAUAACAAGAUCAAGAUCAAUAAAUUAGUCCAUAUUUUUGGGAUGUAUUGUGCAUUAUACAUCCACACUAAUACAUCUGAAAGUUUGUCUGCUAAGCUUGCAUGACUAAACCGAUAGCCAGCUUUUGUUGAAAUUUGGAAUAGAUAUAGUUAAUAAUCUGGUGUCAAACAUAAGCUACCGCGGGCAGAGCUGCAGACAACAGCUAGUCAAUCUCAUAAACACCUAUUGAUUCAAAUUUCAUCAGUGUUAUUCGUAAAACAUGAAUUGUUUCCGUCUUCUCAACUGUAAUUAUACUUAAUCCUUAAAACAUGUUUGUCGACGAGGAUGACACUAGAUUUCUAAUAUGCUGCAUAUUAGGAAAAUAUGCUGCACCAGCAAAUUAAAAAAUCAUUCUAUUAAUAUAGAAUUAAAAAAUCAUUCUAUUAGUUCCAGCAAAUUAAAAAAUCAUUCUAUAUUAAUAGAAUGAAUUUGCUGGUGGUAAUUUGGAGAAUUUGCUGGUGAUUUUUUAAACACCAGCAAUUUUUCCUAAUAUGCAGCAUAUGGAUUGAUACAACUAAUGAAAAUGUGGUUGUUAUUUUAAAAUUCAUCUUGUAUAUCGAGUCAUAACGAAUUAUCUUCCAGAUAUAAGUAUUUAAAAUCGAUUGAUAAAUCUUUUGAAGUGUCGAGCGACCGUGUCUAUUUUUUGUUCUUAACUGAAAGUAUUUUAUUUUAAAAAGUUUUGUGUCUGUACGGAAUAUAUCUCAUUUCGUGAGGUUAUGAAAUCUUGUCGCACAAAUGUGACGACGCGUUUCGUAAAAUUAAUUAGAAUUAAAAAUAAAAGAUUUUCUAACAAAACUGAAACAAGCUAAUACAGAGUGUAACGGCAGUUAUUAUGUUAAAUUAAUGUAAAAGUAAUAUCAAUAUUAUGUCGUUAAAUACAUAAAAUUUUAUCAAACAGUGAAUCCCAGAAUCAUUGGAAAAAUGCAUUCCAUUUUUAAUAAAUAUAAUAAUUUGAGAAACAUUAUAUACAUGUAGGUUUGUAGAGAAAUCUAUAUUUCAAUCUUAUCAAUAUGUUUUAGAUUUUGUUAUAUAUACUGAUCAGAGAUUUUAAAAACAAGAUUGUGUUUUUGUCACGGGAAUAUUUUCCAUCUGAUAUUUGGAGAACGUCAAAUUGUAAAUAAAUAAAUAAUUAAGUUAGCAGCUUACCCUUGUAUUAUUAAUUAGUUAAUCUACAUAAUUUAAAUGAACAUAUUAAAUAAAUGAGAUGAAAAUAUUCGAACAAUUUCUGUAUUUAUUUUAGCAUAGCAUUAUAAUGUAAUUAAAUGGAAAUCAAAUAAAUUUUUCAU